GCCGCCGUGGUUGCCAGGCAACGCGGGUCCCUGCCGCCGCCGGCGCGGGGUUCGACCGGACGAUGGGGCCGCGGGGCCUCCCCCGACUCCUGCUGGUGCUCCUGGACUGCUGGGCCUCCGUGAACGCCCAAGCCGGGACCACCCUGGUGGUGACAACGGAGGGCCUCAACUCUACUGAACCAGCCCCGACGACUCCCCGACCUGCCUUGUCUGCUAGGCCCCCGGGUACCCCCAGUGUCCCCGGACCCUCCUCCGGUCCCAGGCCCACCCCGGUCACGGACGUUGCUGCUUUGUGUGUCUGUGACCUGUCUCCAGCACAGUGUGACGUCAACUGCUGUUGUGAUCCUGAUUGCAGCUCCGUGGAUUUUAGUGUCUUUUCUGAUUGCUCAGUUCCAGUUGUCAUGGGUGAUAGUCAGUUUUGUAGCCAAAAAGCAGCCAUCUAUUCAUUGAAUUUAACAGCAAACCCGCCCCAGAGGAUAUUUAAAGUUGUAGACCAGAUCAAUCCAUCUAUUUUCUGCAUUCAUAUUACAAACUAUAAACCUGCAUUAUCCUUUAUUGAUCCAGAAGUGCCUGAUGAAAACAAUUUUGAUAAAUUGAUGAAAACAUUCCAUGGUUUUUCAUUGAAUACAGAAUCAGAUGUUUCUUUAACAAACAAACCAGAUGUUCCAAAUACUACUAAAUAUGAAUAUGGGGUUCUUCUGCAGACUUCAGAUUCAUUUUUGAGAUUUCCUUCCCCCCUUACGUCAUCUCUGUGCACUGAUAAUAACCCUGCAGCAUUUCUGAUGAAUCAAGCUGUUAAGUGCACCAGAAGGAUAAACUUGGAAGAGUGCGAAGAAAUGGAAGCUCUGAGCAUGGCUCAUUACAGCAGCCCUAACAUUUUGAGGGUACCUAAUUCAAAAACAAAGGUCCCUAUCACUGUCCAGUCCAUCGUCAUUCAGUCUCUAAAUAAAACGCUCACCCGGCUGGCAGACACGCACGUAUUGGAGCCGGUUCUUGUCGAAGAGGCUGGGGCUGUUAAAGUCUGCACCAGGGUCGUUCUAGAGGUAAAGUACACUCUCACAUACACAGAAGCAGGUGAAGUAACAAAAGCCGAUCUCUCUCUCCUUCUGGGGACAGUGAGCAACGCAGAGCUUCCACUCCAGCAAAAGUUUGAAAUUCAUUUUGUUCAGCAAAAUACAAAGCCAGUUCCUCUCAGUGGAAACCCUGGUUAUGUUGUGGGCCUCCCGCUGGCUGCUGGAUUUCAGCCUCACAAAGGGUCUGGGAUUAUUCAGACCAUGAAUAGAUAUGGACAACUUACGAUUCUUCGUAGCACAGCUGAGCAAGACUGCUUGGCAGUAGAGGGGAUUCGGACCCCAGUAUUAUUUGGUUACAAUAUGCAAUCUGGCUGUAAACUAAGACUGACCAGCACUAUCACGUGUCCACUUGUCGUGGAGAAGGUGAAGAGCCUGCUGAAGGGUCAGGGCUUCCCAGAUUAUGUGGCCUCUUUUGGAAAUUCUCAGGCCCAGGAUGUGCUGGACUGGGUGCCUCUCCACUUCAUCACCCAGGCACCCCACACGAAGGAUGUCUGCCAGCUCCCACUGGCUUUGGUUAUAGAAGUGAAGUGGACUAAGUACGGAUCCUUACUGAACCCACAGGCUAAAAUAGUCAACGUAACUGCAAAUCUAAUUUCAUCCUCAUAUCCUAAGACCAACUCAGGAAAAGAAAGGACGAUUCUUAUUUCCACUGCGGUUACUUUCGUGGAUGUGUCUGCACCUGCAGUGGCAGGCUUCAGAGCUCGGCCAACCAUCAACGCCAAGCUGCCCUUCAAUUUCUUCUUCCCAUUUGUUUGACAGCGCUCAUAUGAAAAAAUGCCUCAGCAUUCACGUAGAACGUGAAAACUACAUUUGAUGAGAUUAAAUGUUAUGUACAACUAG